CCAGCUGUCUCAAAACUACUGAGGUCUCGUUCUAUCUGUCUCAAUACUAGUGAGGUCUCGUUGUAGCUAUUCCAAAACCAAUGAGGUCGCGUUCUAGCUGUCUCAACUACCGAGGUCUCGAUCAAGCUGUCUCAUGCUACUGGGGUCGACCAUCCAUUCAUCACCCCCACGAUCAUCUUCCAGCUGCUCCCUCGUCGGCCUUCACUGUCAGCCAUCUGCCUCGAGCAUUCGCUGUCACCAUUCCUUAGUGGCCAUCUGCUGUCACCAUUCCUUCGUGACCAUUCCCUUGCCACCAUCUGCCGUCACCAUUCCUUUGUUGCCAUCUGCUGUCACCAUUCCUUCUCAUCACCUGUCUUCAGCAUUAUCCAUCGCCUUUCUCCCUUGUCAGCCAUCCUCCUUCACCAUUCUCUAGCACCCUUCCUUUGCCACCAUCUGUCGUCACCAUUCCCCGUGAGCCGUUCACCAUCAGCUUCGCCAUCGGCCCACCUGCAUCUGCGUGCUUUCUACUAUCCACCUUCGUUUGACCAUAUCUUCACCUCACUAGUCUCUAUCCACCUUCGUUUGACCAUAUCUUCACCUCACUAGUCUCUAUCCACCUUCGUUUGACCAUAUCUUCACCUCACUAGUCUCAAUCCACCUUCCUCUUACCGCGUCUUCAUCGCACCAGCCCCACCUUACUCUCGUUCAUCGUCAAGCCAAUUCCUGUUAGCCUCCACCACUUCCCACGUACCUGCACACAUCUGCACUGCUCCGCACCGCUCUGCACCACGAGUUUGUUCUGCUGUUGGAAAGAGUCUACAUGGGUCGUUCCAUCUUAUCUAGUUGGCAAGUGCACGUCUGUACGGGUUAGUCUGCACGGGUCUGCUCGGGGUUUAGUCUGCACGGAUCUGCUCGUAGGGUCUGCUCGGGUGUUUGCACGGGUCUGCACGGGUCUGCACGGGUCUGCACGGGUCUGCAGGGGGUCUGCAUGGGGGUCUGCUCGGGUCUACACGGGUCUGCAGGGGGGUCUGCUCGGGUCUGCACGGGUCUGCAGGGGGGUCUGCACGGGGGUCUGCAUGGGUCUGCACGGGGGUCUGCAUGGGUCUGCACGGGUGGCUGCACGGGUGGCUGCACGGGUCUGCACGGGUCUGCACGAGCCUGCACGGGUCUGCACGGGUCUGCACGGGUCUGCACGGGUCUGCACGAGCCUGCACGGGUCUGCACGGGUCUGCACGAGCCUGCACGGGUCUGCACGGGUCUGCACGAGCCUGCACGGGUCUGCACGAGCCUGCACGGGUCUGCACGGGUCUGCACGGGUUUGCUCGGGGGUCUGCUUGGGUCUGCACGGGGCUCGUCUGCACAUCAGAGGCGCUCGUUCCUAGUAGCUGCUGGUGCUAGUUGCCGCUCGCGUUGCUGAUCGCUUCCGGGGUAUCUCGUCUUGGUGUCGUCUGGUGAAUUCGCAGUGGCAGGGGGACUGCAAUUGCGGCCUGAAGGGAGUGGGGAAGUCUGAAGGGAGUGCAAGAGACAAGGGAAGCUCUGUCGAAGUCUUGACGGCCAGGGCAGGUAGUUGUGGCGUUCAUUUUCGGCUGGUGCCGUUGCGGUUGAAGUGUACUCUGGUGUUCUGCGUGUGGUGCUGCGUGUGGUGCUGCGUUGGCGUGUGAACAUUCAGUGGCAUGACAGAGGGCGUGGCCGAAGUGCACAUGAGAAGCAGGUGGCUGGUGUAACCAGGUCUGGUAGCUGUGGCGUCCAAUUUCGGCUGGUGCUUUGUGGUGGCGGUUCUCCUUUUCUCGUCGUGUGGUGGUGGUGCGCUGGUCGCGUGUGCAUAUGCAGCGGCAGGAUUGAUGCUCAAGUGGUGCAGGAGCGAAGUAGGAGGGGCUUUCACUCCCACCGCAGGUAGCUGUAGCGUUCGUUCCCAGCUCGUGCUGUCGCAGUUGCCGUUGCGGUUCUCCUUGUGCGUGGUGGUGGUUGCAAGCAGAGCACUCAAGGGCUGAGAAGAAGCAGAAGGGGGCUUUCACUACCUCAGGUAGCCAGCUGUAGCGUUCGUUCCUAGUUGCUGUCGCCGUUGCCGUUGCGGUUCUCCUUGUGCGUCCUGGUGGUGGUGGUGGUUGCAAGUGCAGAAAAGAAGCAGAAGGGAGCUUUCACUACCAGCUCAGGUAGCUUUAGCGUUCGUUCCGAGCUCGAGCUGUUGCAGUCGCUGUUGUGGUUUUCCUUGUGCGUGGUGGUGGUGGUGGUGGUGCUCGCAAGCAGAUCAGUCAAGUGCUGAGAAGAAGCAGAAGGGAGCUUUCACUACCAAAGCAGGUAGCUGUGUUGCGUUCGUUCCUAGCUGGUGCUGUUGCAGUUUCGGUUCUUCUGUUAUGCCUGGUGGUGCGUUGGGCGCGUGUGUAUUUCCAGUGGCAAGACUGCAUGGCUGCAGGCAGAUGAAGGAUGAGGGUAGAAGAGGCAUUCGCCAAAUCCGGCAGGUAGCUGUAGGCGCUCGUUUUCGGCUGGUGCGGUCGGUGUGUGUAGAAGACAAGACGGAAGGAGUUUACAAAACUUGGGCGGUUAGCUGCAGUUCGUUCCUGGCUGUCGCUGUCGCGGUUGUGGUUCUCCUGGUGUGCUGUGGUGUGUUGGCCGCGUGUGGAAAUCUCCGCGUGACAGUUUAACUGCAAGCAGACUGGAGAGGAGGGUAGAAGAGAAGACGAGAAGAGAAGCAGGUUCUGCCUUCGAUCAGCCAGUACUCAGGUGUGGCCGCUUUGGCUAGUGCAGCUUUUCUACGCGUUCGGAUUCGGUGCUGGGUGGUUCUGUGUGGUUCUGCAUGGUGCGGCAGGAAAGGCAGCAGGAGGGGCAUUCCAAGCGACAAUAGGCAGAGCAGGUUCUUUCAAUCAAUUGGAGGCUGGGUGUGGGCGCCGGUGUCUUGCAGCAUUUUGAGAUGAUUGGGGAUAUCAUCAAGAGGGGCUCAAAGUUGCGUGCAACAGCAGCAGGCGAGUUCAUUAGCAGCUUUUCACUUGGUCGCUGUCCGGUCCUCUGGUGUGCUCUUUCUGCGGUGUGUGGGGCAGGAGUGGGGAGAACAUGUAUUUUGGCAGCAGCAGCAUCUGGCAGGCUUUCUGCAGCGGUGACAUCAGCAGGCAGGUGUGGGUGCUUUGGUGCUUGCAGCAUUUCUGGCUUGGUCUCCGUUUGGUUCUGUGGUGUUCUGUUUCUGCGGUGUUAGGCAGGAGUGGGGACGAUGGGAGUUUUCUCGACAGCAGCAGCAGCGGUCCGCGUUGAUUGUCAGGUGUGGGUGCUCUUUUUGGCAGCAUUUCCUUUUCCGUCCUUCGGCAACGAUUGGUGCUGUGUGGUGCGGGUGUUGGGGGCAGAAGAUGAGAUAUAGUCGGGCAAAAGAGA